AUGGCGGCUGUGAAGUCCCUCGGUGUCCACACGCCGGCAGCGUUAUCAUAUCUGGUCGAUGAAGGCUUCUUACCACCCGAUCCCAGGCAGGACCAGUACCAAUGGACAACCUGGCUCACUACCGAAGGCGGCGAAGAUGUGGAAGAGGAACUACUGACGACCUCGCGGGUUGUGGUGUGGUCGCGUGGCAAGCUUAUCCGUAAUGUCUACCGCUUUGAUGGGGAGCCAGAGGAUGUUCUCCAAGCUGUUCUGACCAGCUUCCCACUCAAUUCGCCUGCGAGUGCUGAACGGCACCCUCUCAAGGCAGAGGCUACGCUGCUGGAAGCAUCGAUCCGGCCACAUCUCGCCACAGAGACUGGCAACCGCACUCAUCAGCCCAGACCCACAGCUAGUGGUCGGGCGCUGGUGGUCUUGCUAAAGACGAAAGCUCACAUCUACUUCCUGAGCGGUUCCAACCACAUCGUCGACCUUCCUUUCGAGCUUGAACGUGCGUUUGCUGCACCUCGAGGCAUUGUACUGCAAAGGAAGCGUACAGCGCAACCAUCCCUUCCACCAACUCCACAACUUCCUCGCGCACCACCCAAUUCCUUCUUCUUCUCCUCCCAAGCACAGCAACCAAAUGCUUCCUUCAGACAUUCUUUGUCGCCAUCGCUGGUCAAAAGCUUUGCCAAGACGAACUUUGCCCAGGUCAAGCCAUAUCAGCCCUCCCCACUGGGUGCUAUCACUAGGCUCGAUGCGCUAUUCCAAGAGGUCAUCACGUCUUCUGGUACAUUGAUCGAUGAAGAUGUCACCAACAUCUACUCGCUAACGGAUCCUCUGUCAGAUCUGGGUGUGGUCACUUUUUCUCUGCAACACCACAGGCCGCGCUUGUAUAGCAAGUCACAGGCAGGGCUAAGCGUCGAAUUCGAAGGCCUGGACCCAGCUGAAGAGGUCUUUUACGUUUCAGCACAGGAUGAGCUCGACCAGCAACAGAUAGAUAGCAGGGGCGUAUUGACUCUGCUUGCCACUUUCAACGCGGACAUUAGCACUGUCACGAUCUGGCACGGGUGGUAUGUCGAGGAGAAAUCCCUGAAGGAGCUCAUGAAGCUGCAUGCGGACCAGAAAGAAGCCAAGGCUAGGCGCCGAAGCUCGUUCCUGAACGCAGGCAUUGGAACAGGGGCGGCGACUCCAGGCCUCAGACGUCGAGACGGCACCCGCGAGAGCUUUGCUGGAGGCGGCGUCCUCCCAGGAGAUCCUGCCAUUUCACAAGCCACCGCUCUUUCUCGAAACCUUACCAGGCAAGAGGAAGAACAGGCGAUGGCGUCGCAGAUGGACCCCGAUUAUCAGCCUGUGACAUCGCAGCCAGUGCGCGAGCCUCGUAGGGUCAGCUCUAUGAAUGCGGAUGUUCGUGCCAGCCAGACUACAGUCAAUGCUAGCUUUACCGGCACAGGGGGUCGUCGCGCGACUUCCUUCGGGGGACCUAACACAAGACGAUCGCUCACCCAUCGAAAGAGCCGCGGCUCCACGCCUGGAAGUGCCUACGGCCAAAGUCAAGGCGACGACGAAACGAUGGACGUCGACGACACCUUUGAGUUUGACAACGAUGAGAGUAGCGAUGACAUCUUGCGGCAUAUGCGCGCAACCUUCGAAGCUUCCGGCAUGGACACCACUUUCGGCAGUGCUGACGAGGGCUUCAAACGUGAGCUUGUGGUCAGGAAGAUACACUCUUUCCCGCUUGGCGUGUCCACUUCGUCGCAGGGUACCUCACGAAAGUCUGCCGAUACUCUCAAGCUAGCGACGAUCCUCGAGCCCAAUGAUGGCCGAGCUGCAGAUCACAAGCUUGGCCUCUAUCUGCACGACAUGGUCACGGGCGAUGUUCAGCAUGUAUUGCUCAAGAUCAAACAGCGAAAGCUGUGGCCGGAGAUUCCUGGUUCAGAUUUGUUGGCCAUCCCACUCCUUGUCAGCGAAGAGCAACUGCACCCUUGUGAGGAUAUUUUGAAGCUUCAAGACUCUCGUAUGAGUGGCGUUCUCUGCGGAAGAAGUCGUGGUAUGUUCCUUGCAGCCGCAGCACAUUUGAUCUGUCCACUUCCGACUCCUGCGGCGUAUAAAGUCUACAACUCUCUGGACGUUCCGGCCAGCAAUGGGGACAUGGAAACUGGCAAGAAUCGAGUGCUUGGCCAAUCGCUAGGCUUUGCCAAGCUCAAGCAUGCAGGCAUCAAGGGCACUUACGAUGAGGUCUCGAAAGAUGGCAUCCACCAUCGACUUGAGCUGCAGUUUCGACCGCGCGGCUCGGUAGUGCAAGAGCUUCUCGACUUGUGCUCUCUGGUGUUGCCGCAGCACAUUGCAGUCGACCUCUCAAAGACGUGGUGUGUUUGCCAUGCGAGAGUUAAUCAGGAGACAGGGACACUUCGCGGCACCAAGGCGAGUACGGAAAUGAUCGCUCUGGUUGCUGCACUCUUCGCGGUAGUGAUAGAAUUACUGGACUCGAAAGCACGCGCGAGUUUAAAUUUGUCUGGCAUUGCUGCUGGCAGAAGCUCAGGCAUGAUUGACGAGGCAGCAUACGAGCUUCGGCGCGCAGAGCAUGACAGGACGAUACGCACCGCUUCAGCAUGGUCUUGGCUGCCUCCUAAACGACGAUCGCCUCGCCGCCGUUCUUCGGGUAGCAUUGAUCGCGGCAAGGAUCAGAUGUUGGUGAUCGCUGCAGCUCUAGCUGAUGAGAUCUCGACCACGGCCACGGCCCCAUCCAUCUCGGACAAGCCAUCGAAGCCAGACUGUGCUGAAGUUGCAGCCAAACUGAUGCUUGUGCUGCACAUAUAUAUGCAGGAGCAGAAGCUGAACGUGCUAUGCAAGCCGCAGCAUCACUCCAGCAUCGCAGCCGUGAUUGCGCAACUAGGCUCGUGGUUGAACCUGUCAGACUGGAGCAGUGGUCAUCGCACAUACCUCAACCUAGAGGGCGCAAGUGAUGAGCUAUGGGCAUACGUGUCCACCAAGAAGUCGCAUGAAGUAGGUUUCGCCAACCUUGAACCGCCCCUUAGCGUUUUCGCUUGGUUCGAGCAAUCGUUGCAGGCCGGGUCGGCGCCGCACAUGCCUACUGUGUCAACGAUCGCGGCAAUGGGAACUGGAGCCAUGAGAAGAUCAAAUGAGGCUUCGAGGAUGAAUAAGAUGACUCCACGACUGGCUGCAUUGUCGGCGAUGCUAGAACACUCGCAAGGCUUGUCAGCCCAUCCAGUAGCAGUCGUGGAAGGCUUGUUCAAGCAUGGCCUGACCUUUGACAUCUUGGAGGCAUUACCAGAGUCGAUGGCAGCGCCGUUCAAAGAAGCCAUUGCUCGCUGCGAGAAGACGCCGCCCACGACCUGGUUGGAUGAUCUGUUGCAGUUGGUUGGUCGAGCAGAUCUCGCGAACAGCAAGAUGCAGAUUCUUGCCAUGGCAAAAGCACCUCCGAAUGCUCUUAUCACGACUCGAGAUGUCACGACCGCGUGUAGUGCUGUGGAGCAUCCUACACCUCACGGCAAGACAAAAGAAGCCGGACGCCACUCGGUCUCCCAGCUGAUAUUCCACGAAGACCGGAGACUUGUAGAUGCGACCAGCUUGAUGCACUUCAACAGUAUCCAGGUCGCACAAUGUCCUAAACAGCCAGAAUGGGACGAAGCCGUGCACUUCGAGAUCCAGCGGAAAGUGAUGCAUUUUGUGACAAUCAGAAUGAUUGCACUUCCUGCCGGAGACGGUAUGAUUCAUUUCGACAGCCAAGCGCCUCUGCUCACUGAGAAGUAUCAUCUGCCUGGGUUCAACUCGUCAUGUCUGAUGCAGCCGAUGGGGCAUACCAUGACUACAGAUCGAAGCGGUCUGACAGAAGAGAAGGUCAACUGGGCAUACUUUCACGCAGGAGCAUCGGCUGGUCUGCGGAUCUCGAGGCAUGCAGAAGGCAUCGACACGUCGUGGAUCGCGUUCAAUAAACCAAACGAGCUGACCAACAGGCAUGCCGGACUGCUUCUUGCGCUAGGUCUCAGUGGUCACUUACGCCAGUUGGCGAAAUGGCUGUCUUUCAAGUAUCUCACUCCAAAGCACACAAUGACCUCGAUCGGGCUGCUGCUAGGCCUCUCUGCAUCAUAUCUGGGCACGAUGGAUGGCCUCAUAACACGAAUGCUAUCGGUACAUAUCACCAGAAUGCUGCCCCUAGGUGCUGCUGAACUUAAUGUCUCUCCUGCCACACAGACCGCUGGGCUGAUGGGCAUCGGACUGCUGUACUACAACUCGCAGCACCGACGAAUGAGCGAAAUAAUGCUCUCCGAGAUCGAGAGCAUGGACGUCGAGGAUCCCGACAGUGGCCCUGAUCCGCUUCGCGACGAGUCAUACCGUCUUGCAGCAGGCUUUGCUCUUGGCUUCAUCAACUUGGGCAAAGGCAAUGAUCUUCGUGGUCUUCAUGGCAUGCAGCUUCCAGAGCGGCUUUUAGCUACCGCCGUUGGACCUCGACCUGUUCACGCCGUUCAUGUCUUCGACAGAGCCACUGCAGGUGCCGUGAUGGCUACCGCUUUGGUAUUCAUGAAGACUGGCGACAGAGCCAUUGCCAACAAAGUCGACAUCCCAGACACCGAAGCACAGUACGCUCAUGUACGACCUGACGUGCUGAUGCUGCGUGCUAUCGCCCGGCAUGUCAUCCUAUGGGAUGACAUCGAAGCUAAAGGAACACGGGACGAUGGGUAUGCGAUAUGGAUCGAUGAGAAUAUGCCCACCUGCUACAAAUCCAGAAUCAUGCAAGUGGCUCGAGACUUCAGCAUCACUCGGGCGAUCAACAGCUAUCAUAUACCAGUCUUCAACAUUUACACUGGCUUGGCUUUCGCGCUGGGCUUGAAGUAUGCUGGUACCGGGAACACUUUGGCUCGAGACGAGAUUCUGAGUGUGCUCAAGAUCUUCUACAGAUUUGAUGCUGCUGAAGCAUACUUCUUCGACGCUAAGCUGGGCAGAUCUGCACUUAAGAGGUGCAUUGAUGUACUAGCAUUGUCUGCGGCAACAGUGAUGGCUGGCACUGGCGAUCUUGACACUUUCCGCUGGUUGCGGCGCCUGCAUGGACGUACCGACCCCGAAACGACUUAUGGGUCCCAUCUUGCUGCUCAUCUCGCUAUCGGCGUGCUGUUCCUCGGAGGUGGGACGAUCACCCUCGGGACGUCGAACUUGGCCAUCGCAUCGCUUAUGGUCGCAUUCUAUCCUCUCUUCCCAAUGGAUGUGCAUGACAACAGAGUCCACCUACAAGCUUUCCGACACCUCUGGGUCUUCGCAGCAGAAUCACGAUGCAUCGUCGUCGAAGACAUCGAUACGCAGCGACCUAUCCACAUGCCUAUCAAGCUGCUGAUGAAAGACGGGUCAAGGAAAUCUAUGCAAGCACCUUGCCUCCUGCCAGAUCUCGACAGUAUCAAGUCGGUACAGACUGACAAUUCCGCGUACUGGAAAGUCACACUCGACUUUGUCGGCAACCCUGAUCACCUCACCCAGUUCCGCAAGGAUCAGCGUGUCUUCGUACGACGCUGCCCAGCAACCGAAGCGCACAACUCCGUCUUCACCGCAACCCUCGCGGCACUCACCGAUACAGUCUCAACGCAAGCCUCAAGCCAGCAGAUCUGGAACGUCCUCGCCAACCUCCCAGCCUUCAAAGACUUGGACAGAGCAGACUUCGAGCUCCUACUACCACCCGACAUUCAAAGCUCUGUAUACUCAAAUGAGCGCAGUACCGUUGUCGAUGAUAGAUUGGUGUUGAACUCGGCCGUCGCGAGUAAUGAUGGAGAUGCACUAUGGAAUCUGCGGGUUUUGUUCGCUUGGGCUGAGAAGGCUAAGCAGGAAGGUGAUGGGAAGGUUAGGUGGAUUGGUGAGGAAGUCAUUGAGGCGUUGAAGGCAGGCAUAGAGGAGAGGAAUAGACCGGCUGUGGCUUAG